AUGGCCUCCAAACUCCCAUCGUACAAAUACUUCAACGUCACAUUCCCGCGCGAAUAUGUCGCUCAUGUCGAAACCAACCGUCCCGACAAAUUAAACUCAUUCUUUGAGGCCAUGUGGCUCGAACUCCGAACUGUCUUCAACGCAUUAUCAGACUCGCCCGAUGUCCGGGCAAUCGUGUUCUCGGGAGCUGGUGAUCGCGCCUUCACGGCCGGAUUAGACGUCAAAGCCGCUUCACAGGGCCUACUGAGCCCAGCUCCCGCGAACGGAAAACCUGUAGAUCCAGCCAGGGUUGCGACUCAACUUCGACGGCAUAUCGAUGAAUUCCAGGAUUGUAUAACUAGUAUCGAACGAUGCGAGAAACCCGUUAUAGUCGCCAUGCACGGAAUCGCGUACGGAUUAGCGAUUGACAUGAGCGUAGCAGCUGACAUCCGUCUAUGCGCAAAGAACACUUCCUUUUCUGUAAAAGAGGUCGAUAUCGGUCUAGCGGCUGAUAUAGGGACGUUGACACGCUUACCGAAAGCUGUGGGGAAUUAUGGAUGGGUGAAAGAAGUUGCGCUUACGGCGAGGGUGUUUGGGGCUGAUGAAGCUCUCAAGGUUGGCUUUGUGAGUGGUGUGUAUGAGACGAAGAAGGAGACAGUGGAAAUGGCAGUUGAGUUAGCUGGGUUGAUGGCGCAAAAAAGUCCUGUUGCGGUGCAGGGGACGAAGGAGUUAUUGAAUUAUUCGAGGGAUCAUUCCGUUAAGGAUGGGCUACGGUACACAGGUGUAUGGAAUAGUGCUGCUGUGCAAGCAAAGGAUGUUUCUGUCGCGGUGCUUUCGGGGCUUGAGAAACGAGUUCCUACGUUUGAGAAGCUAUAGCCAGGAACAAGACCUCUGUACAACUAUUCUCCUGGAUGUAAGUCUGAAAGCCAUGCGUGAUCGUGUAUCAGGGGGUGAAACGAGUAUGUAUCAAAUGGAGUGUACAAGAACUCCGCACCCGAUUGCCUGGGCUUCUAG